AUGGCCGGAUCGCCUUUCCCCCGCGCACACGAGAACGGACAUGCGACACGCCAUGGCACCCACCCCAAAGAGGUCUGCAUCGUGGCCGCGGCGCGCACGCCCAUGGGGGGCUUCAUGGGCGCCCUCUCCUCCCUCCCUGCCACCCAACUCGGAUCGGUCGCCAUUAAAGAGGCCGUGCGGCGCUCCGGUCUGGAGCCUGCUGACGUGGAGGAGGUGAUCAUGGGCAACGUGCUCAGCGCGAAUCUCGGCCAGGCGCCCGCGCGCCAGGCGUCCGUCGGCGCGGGCCUCCCCGAGACCGUCGUCGCCACCACCGUCAACAAAGUUUGCGCCUCGGGCAUGAAAGCCAUCGCGCUGGCGGCGCAGUCGAUCAUGCUGGGGAUUAACGAGGUGGUGGUGGCGGGUGGCAUGGAGAGCAUGAGCAACGCGCCCUACUACCUCUCCAAGGCGCGCGGCGGCUACCGCUUCGGCAACGCGGAGAUCAUGGACGGCAUGCAGCGCGACGGGCUGUGCGACGCGUACGCGGACGACCCCAUGGGAUGCUUCGCGGAAACCUGCGCGGAGGAGUAUAACAUCUCGCGCGCGGAUCAGGACGACCACGCGGUGCUGACCCACCAGCGCGCCGCGGCGGCGAACGCGGAGGGCGCGUUCGAGUGGGAGAUUGUUCCGGUGGAGGUGAAGGCCGGGAAGGGCAAGCCGCCUUUAAUCGUCGAUCGCGACGAGGCGUGCGCGAAAUUCGACGAGAAGAAGCUGCGGAAUCUGCGGCCGUGUUUUAAGGAGCACGGAACGGUCACGGCGGGGAACGCGUCGGCAAUUAGCGACGGCGCCGCGGCCGUGGUGCUGACGAGCCGCGGCAAGGCGGACAGCCUGGGGCUCAAGGUGCUCGCCGUGAUUCGCGGCUUCGCUGACGCCGAGCAGGCCCCUGAGCGCUUCACCACGGCCCCCGCGCUGGCCAUUCCGCGCGCGUUGAAGCAUGCGCGCAUCGACCCCGCGGAGGUGGACUGCUGGGAGAUCAACGAAGCCUUCUCCGUGGUGGCGCUGGCCAAUCAGAAGCUGCUGAACGUGCCUGCAGAGCGCCUGAACAUGCAUGGAGGCGCUGUGGCGCUCGGCCACCCGCUGGGAUGCAGCGGGGCGCGCAUCAUUGUCACACUGCUGGGGGUGCUGCGGAGGAAGGGCGGGCAGAUUGGAGUGGCAGGAGUGUGCAACGGGGGUGGUGGAGCCUCAGCCAUGGUCAUCGAGGCCGAAUCCUUGGAUCACUCUAAGGGAGUCGUUCACACUGUAAGUUCUUCAGCCGAUGAGAGCCAACAGAACCCCCUCCCGUCCAGCUAUGACAUCCAUUUAUCUCCCACCGACGAUAUUUAUCUUCGCCAGCAGGGAACCGACGGUAAAGCGCAAGUGCAAGCAGAAAACGCCUGUGCCACCGUGGCAUACUCGGAAUUGAUCCACCUGGAGGCUUAUCCGCCAGCUCAGCCGGUUCCUUCCGGGUCUCCGGGCCACGUCAGCAGCACGGCGUCGGGGCUUGACUGGGAUCAGGUGCAACAUCUGCUGACGGACGGAGGGGAGGCGGAGGAGAAGGGCGAUGGAAUCGAGGGGAUGGGUGGAAUAGAUGGAAGGAGUGGGUGGGGGAGGCGUGGCGGAUGGGAACGAGAGGGCAAGGUCGGUCAGUUGAGAUCCGCCCUGUCCGUUGAAGAAGAGGAGGUUGCUGCUCCUCCUGUCGCUUCCGCUAACGCUCCUCCUCCCCCUUCCGCUUCCCCCUCCCCGUCGUCCGCUGUAGCGGCGGAGGGCGGGCCGAUCUUCCUCCCUGCUUGCCCGGACGGCUGCGAUUGCGCAGGCUGCCAGCUGUUGCAUUUUCAUUGGCUCGACCAGUUCUCUCCCGCGCCCUGUUCUGGGAUGGGGAAGGGCGGCGUAUGGGAUGCGCGGAAAGGGGACGACGCGGAGAGGAGCGGAACGGGUGGCGCGGAAGUGCUGUUUUGGGGGGAUGAAACAGGCGUGGGAGCAGAGGCGGACACAGGAGCAAGGGGGGCCGGAGGAAUAGCGAUGGGGGGGGGAGCAGGGGGAGGCGGAAGAGCGGAGGACCAGGGGCCGCCUCUCCUUCCUACCUUGACGCCUGCUUUCGCACCUCAUUUCUCCGCCUCUACGCUUGCACCUUCAUUUGCGCCAUCGUUCUCACCCUCUUUCUCACCAUCGUUCGCACCAUCGUUUGCACCAUCUUUUGCACCGUCAUUCACGCCUGCGACCGCCGCCUCAUGCCCGCCUCCCUCCGCGCGUCUCUCCGGCCUCGCGUCCCCGAGCCCUCCUCGCAAGCGACCGCUGCUGCUCUCCCCGCCUGUCGCCGCUGCCACUCUGAGCGCCACACGUGGCAGCACACGUGGCGUCACGACUGAGUUGACCACCACACAAUGCACUGCUGGUGAAACGAGCAUUAGUGGGAGCAUCGGUGGGAGGAUUGGUGGGAGCACUGCUGUCAAGGCAACUAGCACUGCUGUUUGGAAGGCCAUGGGUGUCCCAUCUGCCGCCCAAAACAACAACCUUCCCGGCGGUCACCGCCCGGCAGACAUGUCCGCCAGGCUGGCACGGCUGCUGGAGGAAAUCAGAUCCCCAGGCCGGGCGGCAGCAGCCGCCGCUGCCGUUUCAGCAGCAAAUACAGCCGGGCGCAUGGGGGUGAGUCCGGGCAUGCUGGCAGGCAUGGGCGUGAAUGCAGACAUGUUGAGGGGCAUGGGGGUGGACAUGGGCAUGCUGCAAGCCAUGGGCAUUGAUGCUGCCGUGCUGCACAAUCUGGGGUUCACUCCUGAGUCGCUGCAGCAGCUAGGCUUGGGGGGCGACGCUAGUGGCUGUGCUGGUGGUAGUGGCAGUGGUGGUGGUAGCAUUGGUGGCGCUGCUGCUGGUGCCGCUGGUGCUGCUGACGCUGCUAGUAUGCGUGCUGGUUGCUCUGCUGAUGCUCCUGGGGGGGCUGGCGGCAAUGGGGAGUGGAGGAGGGAGGAGGGGAGGGAAGAAGAGGUGGAGGAAGGGGGAGGGGAGGGGGAGGAGGAGGUAUCGAUGGCAGUGGUGUUGCAGAGGCUGGAGGAGCUAGCAGAGGCGACAGCAGCACGUGAUGAGACCCUGUCCCGCCGGCUGCUGCCCCACAUGCGCCCGUUUAUCAACGAGCGAGGAACUGCAGCACAGCGUGUGGCAGCCCAUUUCACCCAGGCACUGGCAGCCCGGCUGGCAGGGAGCGGGGCAGAGCAGUACAACCGCGGGCUCAACGCGUCCUCCCAGGAGAUCGCCGCCUCCAUGGAGCGCUGCUUUGCCUCGCUGCCCUAUCUGGACUUCUGCCACGUGGCGGCCAUGCGGCCUGUGCUGGCGGCGGUGAACGGCAGUCGUCGGAUCCAUAUUAUUGUGUUUGGGUUCUGGAUGGGGCGGUACUGGCUGGAGCUGCUGCAGGCCCUAGCAGCCUUCCCAGGGGGCCCUCCGUCCCUGCGAGUGACAGGCAUCGACAUCACAUGCAGGAACGAGUUGACUGACUCCAAGUCCUCCGCUGCCUUUUCUGGCCGCCUGCUCUCCCGCGCCGCUGCCGCCCUCGCCAUCCCCUUCCGCUUCAAGGCUGUUGUGCUCCCUGUCGGCCCCGCUGCUGCUGCCGCGCCGCUGGGGGGAAAGGCAGGGGGUGGCGGAGGGGGAAUGGGUGGGGGAGGUGGGGGAAGCGGGGGAGGAAUCGGGGGGAUUGGGGGAGGGGUCGGGGGAGGGUUUGGGGGGGCGAUGGGGAUGCGGUCGGUGGUGGGGGGGUUGGAGGAGGAGGUGGAGGUGGAGGAGGGGGAGGCAACGGUGGUGCAGUGCAACAUGAGCCUGCUGUUCCUGGCGGAUGACUCGGUGCUUCGUGCCAACCCACGUGACACGCUGCUGCGGUGGAUCCACUCUCUCUCACCACUCACCACCGUGGUGGUCGAGAUGGACGCGCCACUCAACUCGCCCUUCUUCCUCCCGCGCUUCCGCGCCGCCCUCCGCGUGUUUUCCUCCAUCUUUGCAUCGCUCGACGCUGCCUUGCCGCGGGACAGCCCGCACCGGCACACGUGUGAGCGGCUAUAUUUUGCACGUGACAUUGUGAAUGUUGUGGCCUGUGAGGGCAUUCAGAGGACGGUUCGGCCGGAGAGUCUCGAGCAGUGGCAGGCUCGGAUGCGCCGAGCCGGGUUCAUAGGCUUGGAGGUGGGAGCGGAGGUGAUGGAGGAGCUUCGGGGGGUGUUGAGGAAGGGAGGGAGGAAGUAUGGGGGGUAUGAGGUGUUGCAAGAAGGGAAUGGAGUGAGGUUGAUGUGGGAAGGGGUUCCUGUGCUGGCUGCUUCGAUGUGGCUGUAA